AUGAGCUCCGAUGAGCCGACCACAGAGGUCGAGCCGACGGUCGACAUCGAGCCGUGCAAGGACUACAGUUAUGCAGAUCAGGAUUUAGCCCCAAUCAUCACGUCAAUUUGGAACUACAUCUCCAGCUACCAGCUCGGCCACCGGCACAACGUCAUCUACAAGAAGGAAGUGAUGUGCCACAUCUUCGAGCAGGCCAAGAAGCUGAUCGCCAUGGAGCCGACGGUGCUCGAUUUGAGGGGUCCAAUUACCGUGAUCGGCCCGCUGCACGGCGAGGGCGACGCGCUGAUCGCGCUGAUGUCGAUGGUCGGCCCGCCCACUGAUCACCAGUACCUCUUUUUGGGGAAUUUCGCGGGCCUCGGCUACGCGUCCCUCGAGGUCAUCUUCAUGCUGCUGUGCAUGAAGCUCAAGUACCCGGGGCAGAUCCACAUCCUCAAGGGGUUCCACGAGGAUCCGGCGAUGUUUAAGGAAAUCGACCUCUACGAGAACAUGCAGCGACGCGGCCUCUUCCCCGAAGAGCUGAGGAACGCCAACGACUUCAUGGAGAUCGACCUGCUAUCGCGCCCGCCCACCGCCGACCUCGACCUGAACCUGACCGUCGAGGCGAUGUGGGCCAGGUUGGAGCUGGUCGGAGCCGCCGCCGCCCACGACCUGGAGACCGACAUGCCCCGCUUUACCGACGUCGAGGCCACCCAAUUCUGCCAGAAGAACCAGCUCGAGCUGCUGGUGCGCGGGCGACAGCUGGUCGACGGCGGUUUCCUGAACCACCCGAACGAGGUGGUGACGCUCGUCUCGGCCACCGCCCACCUCGACUGCUUCCGGAAUCAUGGAGCCGCGCUCGGCUUCGGACAGGACACCUCGCAGGUGACGGUGAUGCGAUACGCGUGCGCCGACGCCGAGCCGGGCAGCCUCGACGAGCACAAACCGUCGGGCGGACGCAACAGCGUGCCCAUC